AGCGAAGGAGGGCGGAGCCUGCUAGAGCCGCACCGGAUAAAUAGGAGCGGGGCUGCGUCAGGCGGCAGGUCACAGCGGCGGGGGAACCGGGAGCUGCGCGGCAGGCGUGACGUGAAUUCAACAUGCAGAUCUUUGUGAAGACCCUGACUGGCAAAACUAUCACCCUCGAGGUUGAGCCCAGUGAUACCAUCGAGAAUGUGAAGGCUAAGAUCCAGGACAAGGAAGGCAUUCCCCCUGACCAGCAGAGGCUGAUCUUUGCUGGCAAGCAGCUGGAAGAUGGACGCACCCUGUCUGACUACAACAUCCAGAAGGAAUCCACCCUCCAUCUUGUGCUGCGCCUCAGGGGUGGCAUGCAGAUCUUUGUGAAGACCCUGACUGGCAAGACCAUCACCCUCGAGGUUGAGCCCAGUGACACCAUUGAGAACGUGAAGGCUAAGAUCCAGGAUAAGGAAGGCAUUCCCCCUGACCAGCAGAGGCUGAUCUUCGCUGGCAAGCAGCUGGAAGAUGGACGCACCCUGUCUGACUACAACAUCCAGAAAGAAUCCACCCUCCAUCUUGUGCUGCGCCUCAGGGGUGGCAUGCAGAUCUUUGUGAAGACCCUGACUGGCAAGACCAUCACCCUUGAAGUUGAACCCAGCGAUACCAUUGAGAAUGUGAAGGCCAAGAUCCAGGACAAGGAAGGCAUUCCCCCUGACCAGCAGAGGCUGAUCUUUGCUGGCAAGCAGCUGGAAGAUGGACGCACCCUGUCUGACUACAACAUCCAGAAGGAAUCCACCCUCCAUCUUGUGCUGCGCCUCAGGGGUGGCAUGCAGAUCUUUGUGAAGACCCUGACUGGCAAGACCAUCACCCUCGAGGUUGAGCCCAGUGACACCAUUGAGAACGUGAAGGCCAAGAUCCAGGACAAGGAAGGCAUUCCCCCUGACCAGCAGAGGCUGAUCUUUGCUGGCAAGCAGCUGGAAGAUGGACGCACCCUGUCUGACUACAACAUCCAGAAAGAAUCCACCCUCCAUCUUGUGCUGCGCCUCAGGGGUGGCAUGCAGAUCUUUGUGAAGACCCUGACUGGCAAGACCAUCACCCUUGAAGUUGAACCCAGCGAUACCAUUGAGAAUGUGAAGGCCAAGAUCCAGGACAAGGAAGGCAUUCCCCCUGACCAGCAGAGGCUGAUCUUCGCUGGCAAGCAGCUGGAAGACGGGCGCACCCUGUCUGACUACAACAUCCAGAAGGAAUCCACCCUCCAUCUUGUGCUGCGCCUCAGGGGUGGCUGUUAAGCUACUGUGCAUCUCGCUUGACAAGAAGAUUGCCAGCAGCACUUGUGUUUGCACUGUAGUUCUUUAAUGUCUUAAUAUUAAGUUAAAUGCGAAGUUAAUGCAAGCUUAAGCAACUGCUGAUCAACUGUCUGUUGAAAUGCUAAUAAAGUCUUCUGUUGCACAUCACAAUUUGUAGUCUGUCUCAGUUCAAGCUAGUAAAACUGGUGUAGUGAAGUGACAUGUUUCCCUCAGCUUUGUUCCUUGGCAGUUUUAAGCCUCUUUGCAUGUAUAAUGAGGAACUUGUGGAGAAUUGGAUGUGGAUUAAAGUAUUAAUUUAAGCACUAA